AUGAAACGGUUUAACAAGUCAGAAAUAACAAAAGAAUUACCGAAACGUAGUCCACCAAAAAUAACUUGGCAACAUUCAUGGUCAUCAGAUGAAACAAAGGAUGGAUUAGACAACUCUAACUUUGGAAUUAUUCCUACUGAAGUGAUGUUGGACAUAUUCAAAUAUUUGUCUGUACAUGAUUUAGGUAAUGUAUCGUUGACUUGUCGUUCAUUUAAAAUGAUUGCCGAUCAGGAUGAAAUAUGGAAACUAAAAUGUAAUUCAUCAACAAAAUUACAUUCAAAAUCCUAUAAAGAAAUCUAUAUAGACUGGAUGUAUGAAAAAUAUUUGCGUAAUAUAGAAUUAGAAGAAGUCGAAGCUCACUAUCAUGAGACAAGUAUGCACGUUGCCUGCGGGAUGCGUUCUGGACCACCUCGAUAUCCUGUUCGACCAGAAGGCAAACAUCGUUUUGAAUCUAUCGGCGGAUUUGAAAAACAUCCAAAUGAAUCGCAAGAUAUGUAA